AUGAAGUUUUUGUUCCUUUUGUCUUUCAGGCUUGAGCAAUUUCUUGAACAUGCUGAAGACAUAGAAAUAGUCAUUCCACAGCUCUGGAAUUACCUUGGAGAGCUCUUGGGUCCAACUGCCUUUGAUGGAAAUAUUGACCUCAAUGAAUUAUUUAAAUGUAUACUAAAAUAUGUGUCAAAACACAAGGCUGCAGAACUCUUUGCCUAUAUGCUGCAAACAGCCACAAUUGAUACGGUGAGUGGACUAUAGAUUGUGUUGUUAUAAGAAGUUGAAGCCUGUGUUACCUCUUCAGUAGCUAACGUGUACUGCGUCUUACAGGCCAUUACACUUUAGAUUUGUUCAGUUAUUUUAGUGUUAAUCAUAUUCUUUAUUUCUUGAUCUAGAGUCGGGAAGAUUUGUCGGCUAUUUUAAAUAGAUACGAUGUGUCAUUAUAUGCCUUCUUUGAAAAAGAAGCAGAAGCCAAGCAAUUUGCAAAGGAUGAGGUACAUAAAACAAAAACAAAAGUCUAAUACUCCUAGACUAUGCCUGGUGCAUAUAAGGAUCAUAACAGGUUUACAUGAAAGACCUUUAAAGAAAAUUCAUUUGUUUUAUUUUCAACCCUGACAGUUAAUUCUUAUGUUUGGUCACCGUUGGAUGAUGGUAUUUUAAUUUGUAAUGUGUAACCCUUGUCAACUCUUACUACAUAAUUGAAACUUCGAUUAAAAAUCGUUUAGGUUUCACCAAGGAAAUUAAGAGUUUUCUAUUUCAAGUUAAGUUGAGCUGGAAAGAUCCUUUCGGCUUUUCUGUAAUUUUGCUGGCCAGCGUUUAACUGCCUUUGUAAAUGACAGAGUGGGGAAAAAAUUAGGAAAAAUCUUGACAUUAACAAAAAGACAACUAUGAUAGGUAUUGUCCAUUUAAUAGUUAAGUUUACUACACGAGUUUUUCCUUCUUUUUUUUCCCAUUCUUCCUUUAAUGGUCAGUCUCCUUUUUUUCUUUAGAAUAUCGAGUUUGCCCUUGGUCAAGGCAAGUCAUCUCUGAAUACUGGUUCAUCUAAUCAACAUUCUGCUAGAAUACAAGCAGAACUUAGGACUCUUAUAUUGAAAAGAAAAGCAAGAAAUGAUGAAGUGUUUAACUGGAUUGAUGUAAGUAAAAUUACUUUUGAAUAUUUAUUGAACCAUGGGAGUGGUUUGAUGACAUAUGUUUUUUAGGUAUGUUUGUUUGUUUGCUUGUGUUAAAAGUUGAGGGACCAACAAGGUUCAAGCUGCUAUAAUCAAUAAGUGACAUCAAGGAGCAAGUGAGAUUUAAGAGUGUAAAAAUUACAUUGCUUAAGGUGGCUGAACACAGUUUUGCGGGCGGUCAGCGGUAACUCGCGUGACGGCGCCUGUAUUAAAUUAGACAAACAAACAUGGCAGCGAAGAAAGCAAAGGUACAGAGAAGUCAAUUUCUCAAUAUCUACUCAUUAACACUUUGUGAUAUUUGGCAGAAUUUUUACUUUUAUUGUAUUUUAAAUAAUGAGAACUUUAAAAUGGAUGUUGAACAGACGAUUUUUUGACACAUUUGAUAAUUACAAUACAAUUAUAUUUUCCGUCUGUUAAAAUUUGGGCAAAUAAGUUUCAAAUGGUAAUGAUUAAUUAUAGUAAGCUGUGUGCAAGUUUAUAGGAAAAUCUAAUGAGUGAAUUUUAUGUAAAUUGAGCAAAAGUGAAAUUUUAAGGUUGUAUUCAAUCGUUCAUGUUGCCAUGGAAACUACAAAAAUGACAAAUUUUGCCUGUCAAUAAAAAUCUUUCAUCAGUAUAUUUUUCACUUGCCAAGUUUCAGCUUGUGAGCUGCAACCUCUCUCUUGCCAUGAUUUGCCAAAUGACAUAUACUCACAAACUGCCAAAACUGUGUUCAGCCACCUUAAGAGCAACGACUGCCUUCAUUGUUCUCCACAUUUUAUUGUCUGUUAUCUUGGCUAAUGGCAGAGAUGCCAACCUGGUGUGGAGGCCUAAAAUCUGGGAACUCUUUCUUUUGCGUUAUUCCCAGAUAUCAACGACCAACCCCCACCUCUUAUUUCUUGUGUUAUUUUUCUCUGCAGAGAAAUGUUUCCUCUGAAGAUGCAAAGGCGCCUCCAUUUAUUAGGGCCUUGGUAACAGUUGUUUGUGAAGGGGCAAUGGAGAGAGGUAAUUUUAUCGAUAAACUACCCUUUCUUUGCAUCCUGUUUCGCUACUCUUUAUUAUUUGUCACAUCACGUUUUACUGGUCCCUUUUUCUUAACACGGGCUCCAUAUUCCUUGAUGGUCCAUUUUGUACUAUGUAGGCUGGUUUUCAGUUGAGAAUUUACCUUUUUUAUUAUAACACAAAUUUUUCUCAUGCCAAGCUCAUGCUAGAUUACAAGUUUACUGGUAACCCAGUAGUUGACAUUGUCGUCCACAAACCAGUUCAGAAACAAGUACUAUAAGUAAAAAUACUAAGUAAGAAAUAGAAUCCAAUCUGACCAGAGAGAGACAAACAAGUUGGCUGUUUACAGCUGUGGCCGAGGGGUUGAAUUCAGAGCUACCUAGAACCAAAUCUAUCAAGUGAUUAGGAUGGGGAUUAAACUCAGGACUUAUAAGUCCAGCUCUCUAACCACUAGUUCACAGUGAACCCAGGGAGUAGCGGUUGUCCAUGGCUACAGUGAUGGGGGAAUUUUUGUUAGAUUUUUAAGUUCAUGUAAAAGGAGUGCACAUGCCCUCUCUGAAUGGUUCGUAUGCAGCGGUAAAACUGUCUCAUGUAAUGCAGUCGAUAAUAUCUCAUUUAACAUUAAAGCAGUUAUGUCACGCUAUUUGCUAUCCUUUUAAAAAUGCUACUAACAUGACUUGUCUUCGCGUCAAUUGAAUUCGAAACAUAAUGACCCAGUUCUUUUAUGUGAGACUCUAUUGAGACUAUAUGGAUUAAAACCCAGUUUUUCAAAUUUAAAGUCUAUGCCUGCACAAAUCACUAUAAAACUAUUAUGCUUAGUGCUCUCUAAUGAAACUUGUUAUACAUCUUGUUCUUAACUGUACAAGAGCAUUUAUAGUAACGGCGCUAAGCAAUGACUUAAGCACAGCAGAAUUGAACUAACACAGCAAUGUCCUCGUGACGUAUUCCCUUUUAGAGUUGUUCCAUAUUUGUUGUCCUUCUUUAACAGAAGAUGGAGGCGUUUGCAAAUGUAACAUUAACAUCCUGAAGAAGAGAAAACCUCUUCUUCAAAAAUACAUUGAUGACAACGCUAGUCUGCAAAUCCAUGCUGUUUACGCAGUGCAGGCACUUUUCGUUCAGCUGGAUCAUCCUCCAAGUAAGAAUAAUUAAUGGACUAAAUUCUCGUUACUUCUACACACAGUUCUUAUGAAAGUGGCGGGAAGUUAUAGUUAUGUCGAGAAUCAUAAAUGUUGACUAGUAAUUCAAGAGAAAAUCUGGUUGCGAGUUAGAACAACUGGACCUUGAUGUCAAGCAAGGUCAAGCGUACCCCCAAAGAUUCCAUCAACUAAGUGUUGUGAAAGUUGAAUGUGUUAGUAGUUGUAGCCGGUUUCAGGCUCCAAGACUAACGGAUUUGUUGGUUUUUUUUCUGUCGAAUUUAUAAGAGAACUCUUGACCAUCCUCUUGACCGUGUUCAUGGAUGAUGUACUCCUCCCUUGAAAACCGCAUUUGUCAGACAUCUAAAAAUCUGAAAAUAGUCACUAAUGCGGCUGAUUUUGUAGCCCAAAUAAACGGGUCUUGUUGAAAGUAGAUUUAUCCAACCGAUAAAGGAGCAGUGUUGGUUUAUUCUACUCUUAAAUGAAGCAAUCAGGGUGCAUCUGACUGAAACCUUGUUGUUCUUUAAAACAAACUAAUUAACAGACAAAGUUAAAGAUAGUUCGUCACAUUGUCUCACAUACACGUUGCACAACCCUGUAGGUCAUCCUCUGUUAUAAGCAUCGUCGAGGUGGACUACAAAGACUCUAGGCUUGAAGCAGUUUGGCUUGGUUUGUGGUGUAAAGGACUUUCAGUCAUAUAAACGUUAUUUUGUCAAAAUUCAUGUUAAUUUGUCUCUCCUUUUCUGUAUGCAGGUUUUGUCAAAUCCUAUUUUGAUAGUUUAUAUGAUGAAGAGAUUAUCACAGAAGAUUCUUUCAAAGCCUGGGAAAACAGCUCCGACGAAGAACCCGGAAAAGGUGUGACUGUUACUGCCGCUUCCGAGUUUUUUCGCUGGCUCAAGAGUGCCCCAGAGGAGACUGGGGAAGAGAGCUAA